CGACGAACAAUGAAGUAUAUAGUCGUUGUACAGGCGCUAUGUGCAGUCCUCGUAUAUACCUUAUUAUCAAGUGAGUCCUUAAUAGUUCCCGACGAGUAUUUAGUGAUUAUGUCGAAUGAUUCAACGAAAUCGAUGUGUGACAACGCUAUUGCCGAAUUGAUUAAUCUAGCUGGAGAAUCUGCCACAAAUAUCCACCAAUACACAAUUCUGAAAGGUUUUUCCGUUAAUAUUGACAAAAUAUAUGAACAAGAUCUUAAGCAACUGACUGGGGUAGCAUACGUAGAAAGACAGGUUAUUAUGACUGCCACUGACAUAUCGUGGGGACAAGAUAGAAUUGACCAGAGGCUGCUUCCACUCAAUGGUGUUUACGAUCCACCAGGCGAUGGCACUGGCGUCAAUGUAUACGUGCUGGAUACGGGGAUAAGACAACCAAAAGGAAACAGCGAUAACGAAUUUGAUACAAGAGUUACCGAUUUUUAUGAUACGCAGUCUACCAGAAAGUUGUGUAAUUCCCAUGGAACUCGAAUGGCAGGUAUUAUCGGUAGUCAUUCAUAUGGUGUGGCCACUAAAGUUAAGCUCCAUUCAGUGAGAGUUCUAAACUGUGAAAACGCUGGGAGAUUGUCGGACAUUCUAGCAGGUUUAGAUUUUGUACUUGCUAAUGGAAUUACACCAGGUGUUAUUUUGAUGGCAUUAAGUGGACCCAAGGUGGAAUCACUCGACCAAGCUAUAGCAUCGGCUGAUGCAGCAGGGUUUGUGGUGAUAACUGCUGCAGGCAACAAUGGAGAUGAUGCUUGCUUCUACUCGCCGGCAAGUUCUGAUAAG